AAAGAGAAAAUGGAGGAAAGCAGAAAAGUGGUUCUGCUGGAAACCACUGUAGUGAAUUUAGAACACCAAUUAGAGAAAAAACUUCAGUGUCUCCAAGACGAGAAUGGUCCACAUCUGGAAGACAAAAAACGGAAAGAGAUCGAGGCUCUCGAGAACAAGUGCUCUCGGUUGUUGAAGGCGAUGGAGGUAAAAAAUGUCUACCUUAGACAAGCUAAGAAGGACAUUAAGAGACUAAGGCAAGAAAUUGAGGACAAGCAAGAUGGUCUCAUGAAAGAACUAACUCGUCUUCAGAAUGAAAACCAGGAAAAGGAGAUGAAGAUUGAUAUCCUUCUGAAUUUUCUCCAGAGUGGAAACGACGAGAAGGAGAUGAAGAUUGAUCUCCUUGAGAAAGAAUUGAGUCAUCUCCAGAAGGAAAACAAUGAAAAGGAGAUGAAGAUUGAUCUGCUAGGGAAAGAACUGAAUAGUCUCCAGAAUGGAAUUGAGGUAAAGGAGAUGAAGAUUGAUCUCCUAGAGAAAGAGAAAAUGGAGGAAAGCAGAAAAGUGGUGCUUCUGGAAACCACUGUAGUGAAUUUAGAACACCAAUUAGAGAAAAAAUUGCAACGUCUCCAAGACGAGAAUGGUCCACAUCUGGAAGACAAACAACGGAAAGAGAUCGAGGCUCUCGAGAACAAGUGCUCUCGGUUGUUGAAGGCGAUGGACGACAAAAAUGUCUACCUUAGACAAGCUAAGAAGGACAUUAAGAAACUGAGGCAAGAAAUUGAGGACAAGCAAGCUGGUCUCAUGAAAGAACUAAAUCGUCUUCAGAAUGAAAACCAGGAAAAGGAGAUGAAGCUUGAUAUCCUUCUGAAUCUUCUCCAGUGUGGAAACGACGAAAAGGAGAUGAAGAUUGAUCUCCUUGAGAAAGAGAAAAUGGAGGAAAGCAGAAAAGUGGUGCUACUGGAAACCACUGUAGCAAAUUUAGAACACCACUUAGAGACCCAGGAGAGGCAAGGGGUGGUCAUGGGAGAAGAAAUAGUUAUCCUGAAAGAGGACAUAGCAAGACUGGAGGAUGAAAAGAAGCAACUGGAAAGCACUCUGGCCUUAUCUCGUUUGGAACUGAACAGAAUAGUGACCCAGAGGGAAGGUCCAACUGCCCAUCCCAAUAAAGAGGCACCUGGAAUCUCACACCGGGUGGAGGAGGAGGAGGAGGACAGUGAACCUGACAGCACGGCCAAGAAAGGCCAAGGAGGAGUCAAUAUUGAAAAAGAAGGCAGAGACACACCAAAAUAUACAAGAUUGUUGAGCGAAAUAAAAAAUUUAAAAAGAGGACAGAAACAGCUUUGGGAGCAGUUGCUCGAAGGGCGGGGAAAAUACGAGGAACUGGAGAGCAUUGCACUAAGCCUCCAAAGCAAAAUGAACAGGAAGAGAGAUGAUAGAGAAAAUACUUAAAUACAAACUAGAGGUGAUGAUUAGAGAGAUGAUGGAAGAGACUGAGAGAGAUAGAGAAACGUCUCUCAGAGAAGAAAAUUAAAGAGAGGAUGCAGGAGCUGUGUUUAGAGAUGAUGGACAAGACAAAUAAAGAGAAUAUACAGGCACUCUAGAAUGGAUGGUGGACACCUUUUCAGCAAAGAGCAGUUCCCAUGAGAAGAUGAGGGGCGACUGCUCAGCUGAUUGUGCAGCCAAGAGUCCUAGAGAAGCAUGAUAUGUA